CAUGUUAGCAUUCCCCGGGUUUCUGCGCAACACUGUCUAUCGCAACCCAACUAACCCGAACCAAACCGCCUUCCAUCUAGGCAUGCAUAUCAGUUAGAAUCUCUUCCAGUAGCUCCGAAGCCGCUGUUGUAUUCGGCUAACUGUGCUCUAUGUCAGCAUCGAUGGAUCAAAGCAUCAGAGCAUUGCUCUCAGACAGCGGUGUCCUAUUCUGCCAGGGCGGGUUGUUGUGCAGGAUCUUCCUCACAUCAUGGAGGAGGUGAGACAAAAUCUGCUCCCUGACUUUGAGCGAAUUGGGAUCCAAGCGUACGAUAUGUUCACUCCGCAAGCCAUCAUCAGGGCUCAGGCAAUCUACUUUCGAAGUGUUCUCCAUGACUGGCCCGAUGACAAGCGACGGGACAUUUUAGAGGAUGUCAAGGCAGCAGACUUCCUACCAGAGUAGCCUUCAAUACAGUCCCUGGGAUCCACAAUGAAGAAUAUACAAACAUAUCCGUGGGUUUGACCUCUUGGUUUUCAACCUACGGUUCUCCAUCCCUGUCCAUGUACCAUUGAUAGUCAUCGAUACCACCAUUCGACACCACAGAGAACACCGAACACAAGAGAUAAAG